AUGGCGGGCGAUGACGAAGGCGGACUGAAAUUGACCUAUCGCACAAUACCGCGCAUGACCAAUGUUAGUGCCGCUCAAGGAAAGCCUCCACUGGAGCCCGCGAUCGGUUGCGCGCAAUUCCAUCACCCCAGUCUGUUUCUUCUCCAUAAACCACCUCGCUUCUUCUCUGUCGGUUCUUUCUUGCAGUUCUGUGUGGUCUCGGUAUUUGUUCUUCGUUCUUGCAAGCAGGUCAUGCUGUGA